ACUCACUGCGUCCGCCCCGUGGCUGCGCUGGAGCCGGUGGGAAGGCUCCGUGGUGGCGAUGAGUCUGGUUUUUACACUUCCACUCGCAGCGACGGCAGCGCCUCGUGUUUGCGCAGCGCUUCUGGGGGACGGGCACCAUCUACGACCUGUCCACGUGCCAACUCCGUCUGUGCUCCCAGCCGUGUCACAGCCCGGGGGCCUCACCGGGCCCGUCUAACGGCCACGGACGCUGAGGCUGAGGAGGGGGCUUGCGGCCCCGCUCGCCGCCACCACCCGGCUGCGGGGGGUCUCCCGUGGGCCUCCGGGGGCGUUUCCGGCAGGAGACCGGGAGCCCACGGGCCCGCUGCGGUCCCUGAGCUUUUCCACGUGUUGGGGGAGGCGCACACCUGCAGGCCGUGUGAGUGAGAGCCCAGAGCAGCUCCUCGGGGUGGCCUGCUUUUCUGUGGUGAUUCGGUGCUUCUAGUCACCGCGGCUCUCCCGCGGCCUGACGGGAAGGUGGCCUGAGCCCCUUCACCUGCACCUGCGACCGCGUCCUCCCCUCCCCGGAGCCCCGAGGCAGAGACGGCCUGUCUCCACCCUGCUGCGGGCUCCUCCCUGGGAGACAGGACAGGAGGACAGCUGAGGAAGGCCGGGGCCCCGGGGCAGCCCUGGGGUGGCCUGAACCCAGGACAAGAGGGACGCCGGCUGUGUGCGCCCGGCCGGGCCCGCACGGUCCCGCUGCCUGGGAAGCUGCGGGUCUGCGCCGGGAGCUCCAGGCAGCAGCACGGCUCCGGCCUGUGCGCCCUGCAUGUGCUGCCCCGGCUGCCACUGGGUGGGGGGGAGGGGGGGGGGUCCUAGGUUUGCCCAGAAGCCUGUUCACUAAAGUAGAGGAAUAGAACCACGCUUAGCACCGAGACGGGCCGUUGCUAUCAACGCUGGUGUUCCGAGGAGUGACGAGAAGACGGAAAACAAAGGCCAGGAGGAAGUUUCCCAUCGUCCGCGGUCCCGGGGUCCCGGGGCCGUGCGUGUUUGCAGGAGUCCCUUGGGCAGAAAACGGGGGCACGCGUGGGCGGGGCCGUUGCUUCCAUGAUCUCGGCGGCUGCUGGGGGCCCCACCACCCUCCCGGGGAGCACGUCGUGGACAGGAGGAGGGGAGCCGUGUGUGCCGUGGACGCGGGUGUGACUGACAGAGCAUGAAAGAGAGGAUCCCAGGAAGGAAUUUGCCAAAUAGAAACGACAGAGAAUAGAAACAGCCCAGUCACGUGAGCCUUGAAAUCUGCUUCCACUGCGCGGGGCGGUCGCUUUCCCCAGCGCGCAAGGUGGGCCUGCUGGUGUCGGUUUUCAGGUGAACCCGGGGCCCCAGGUGCUGAGAGAUGCGAUCCGAGUCAGGCUCAGGUCGCAGGCGGUCCUCGCGGCAAUAUGCUCCUCACUUCUUUGAGGAAGUCAAGGCCCUGGACACGGAACCCUUCCCGCUCGCUCCAUCGUGCAGCCGAGGGUCCUGGGAAAGGGACAUGGCGAGGACCCGGGGAGCAGACUCGGCUGGGUGCCAAGCGGAGCCCACGCGCUUGCCUGACGCCCGCGGGGGAGGAACGAACCUGGCGCUGUGCUGGAGGACCCGCCCCCACCCCCCUCGUUCCCUCCCCCGUCAGAGGAAUUUCAUUCUUGGCUCAAGACCUUGGCCCCGAAGGCCCACAGGCCUCCGCCCCUCCGUGUUGCUGCCCCCCCAUGCGCCCCCUGGGUGAACGCGGCGGGACUCUGGUUUCUGGGCCUGGCCCAGGGUGGGUGACUGCCCAGCCCGGGCCUGCGGUGCAGGAGGGAGGGGGCGGGGAGAGUCCAGACCCCGUCCCCACCCCCCAGGGCCGCUCACAUCCUGUCCCUACCUGCUUGUCGGGCUCCAACCAACCAGCGUGGCUUUCUAAGCUUGUUCAGAUCCCAAAGCCUCCCCUGUCCCGGGAAACCCUUUACCCGUCGGGCCGUCUGUCACCUUCUCUGUCCCUGCACGUGGCCAGCUGUGCUCCAGGCAGCGUCCCGCGCUCCGUGGGACCCCAGCCGGACGGCCCCCGGUCUGCUCGGAGCUCCUUCCUGCUGCCAGAACCCUGGCUCCCUUGGGUGGGGGCGGGGCGUGUGCACGCGACUGCGAGGUUCGCGUCGCCGUGCGGGGCCCCGCGGUGGAGCAGCUGGGCGGACGGCGCGCAGUGGGCGCUCUGGCUGCCGCACGCAGUGUGUGUCCUGGGGCUCGGGAGGGCGCCCUGCCCCCCGGUGGUGCCACUGUGUCAGGGGUUCGGUAGCUGGCAAUCUUCUCUCUCGCCUGGGCCCUCCGUGCCCGCCGACCGUUCAGACGCGUAGGUUCCGCAGCUUCAGGACUCAGCUCAACUCGCCACGGACUGAUGGGCCUCUGCCGUCCGAGGCCGCGGGUGCGGUGGGUCCGGCAGAAGCAGGCUGGUGUCGGCCCCGCACCGCGCUCACCCCCCACGCCAGCUGCACUCCAUCCAGCCCCGCGAGCCUGCGAGACGCUUUCCCGACACCCCCUCAGUCUCUUGGGCGAGCACCUCGGGCCUCCUUCCGGCCUCGCACACCCGCAGCCGCGUGAAUGCAGGAUUGUGGAGGAUCGCCACACGGGUGCCCCCUGCCACGGGGGCCUCAUCUGGUGCCAACAACCCACCGCGCCGACUAGGGAGGACAAGCCUGCGCGGCUCAGCGAGGACUCCCGACGUGUGUCCCCCACGGCCCGGAGAAGGGACCCCCGGCUGAGUGUCUGGGAGACGCCUCACGCUCCCACCUCGUGGCUCGGCGACGCGUGCCGGCCUGUCAAGAACACAUCACACAGGACGGAGGCUGUUGUGUUUUCUAUACGGUUCCCUGACGUUUAGGCCACUAAUUACCCUUUCCCUCGAAACCUCUGUUAGUCUCUUCACGGGGAGUUCUGGCUUGGGCUUUGGAAAGCACGCGUAUGUUAAGGAAAGGUGAUGGGAAGGAAGGAUUCAGACCUGGGUUAAGGUUCCAGAUCCCAAACACACCUGUAAACCUUCUCAAGCGGCUGGACCUUUGUUUCCUGGCUGGUUAGCGUUUGGUCCAGCCCUUCGAGCCCACUCAGAAGACAUCAGCGGGGACGAAGGCUGGCGCGGGAGGGAGGCCUUGUCUGCCAGCUCUCUGUCGGAAGGGCUGGGCUUUCCA